UCACUCAGAGCAGUGCGAGACACAGAGACAGACGCACACGUUCUCUCUCUCUCUCUCUCUUCCUUUCACGCACGCACGCAUACACACACACACACACACAAACACACACAUGCACGCAGACGGCAACUUUCCUCUAUCGGACUGACACAGCACACGCGCCGGGAUAGACACCCUCCACCUUGCUACACAGUGGAGAAGAGGAUAACGAGUGACAGAUCAGGAGAAACAAAAAAGAAAGAAGAGGAGGUUUCCCAGGUGAAGAGGAGGAUCGUGCUGACGUUUUGUCCUGUCCAAGAUGGCAAACCUUGUGACAUCGCUGUGCUGUGUAGUUCUGGCCGCGGUGGUGGUAGCCUACGCUCAGAGACGUCAGCUUGCUGCUAGGAACCAGUAUGAGAAGAUGGCCAGCGAUGUGACCAUGCAGUGCGGCACCCUGGACAACGACGCGUCGGUGUCAUGGAAGGUGAACGGGACGGACGUGAGGGCCCAGCACCACCUAGAGGGCCCCAGACUGGUGCUGACCGAAGUGGACCUGGGCCACAACGGACUCUACAGCUGCUUUCAGAACCCGCACGGGGAGAGGCGCGACACCAUCUACCUCCACAUCGGCAUUCCCCCUCGGGAGCCCACAGUCACCUGUCGAUCCAACACCUACCCUAAAGGCUUCUACUGCAGCUGGCACCAGCAGUACCCGACGUACAUCCCCACGACCUUUGAAGUGGACGUACAACACAACCAGCGUUCACUGGAGGUGCAGAAAGAUCCGGACCAUAAGAACCGCUGCCGUGUGCGUUUUCCUGAGGUCUUCUCCAGCUUCCCCUACAAAGUGACCGUGACGUCAGUCAACGCCUUGGGGAAGUCCACGGCCUCCAUUAUUUUCGAAGAGGCCAAUAUAGUUAAACCAGACCCACCGGAGCGAGUGACGGCGACCCCGAUCCGUUUCAACGCCCGGAGGCUGGAGGUGUCCUGGCACAGCCCCGCCACCUGGCCCGACAUUGACAACUUCCCUCUGAAAUACUUCCUUCGAUACCGGCCGCUCAUCCGAGAGCAGUGGCAGCAUGUGGAGCUAUCUGACAGCACCAACCACAUCAUCACCGACGCCUAUGCCGGGAAGGAAUACAUCAUCCAGGUGGCUGCCAAGGACACAGAGAUUGGAACAUGGAGUGACUGGAGCGUUGCCGUCCAUGCUACACCCUGGAUUGAAGAUCCUCUGCCAAUCACUUCCACAACUGAUGUGGUCUUUCCUACCGAGACUAAGACCUCCCCAAUACCGUCCUCCAACGCACCACAAAAGGCCGAACCUCCAGUGGGCAGAGCUGCCAGGCUCCUCACAUUUUUCUCCCCUUUGCUGUUAGGAAUGCUGCUGCUGUUCAUGUGAUGUAAAUGUCUUAUUCCUGAAGGGAGUAGGAGGAAGAAGAAGAGGAGGAGGAGGAGGAGGAGGAGGAGGAGGCUGGUCUUUUUUCUAUUUUGCACAUGUUUCAAGGAUACAGUGCAUUGCUCAUUUCUGUCCAUCACACAGUUACUCACCGAGAUUACUUAGACAUGAAACCAGACGAUGAUAAUGCGGGUUCCGCAUUUUUGAUUAAUGGUGACAAAGAAAUUCUUCAGAGGAACUUUUGAAAAGCGGCUUCAUCAACAGCAGCAGCAGCAGCAGCAACAGGAGCAGCAACAACUACAACAACAACAACAACAACAGCAGUGAUAUCAGCAUAAACAGUCUUAUAUUACCCCCUGGUGGCUUUGAUGGGCCACAGCAGACUUUGUUUGGCAGACGACAGUUUGGGAAUCUCCUCCAAGAAAAAUCAGCUCCUCAGAUGACAAAACAAAAAAAAUCUCCUCAUUACAUUUUUGUUCUUUUUUAUUAUUGAUCACUGAUUAAUUUUCACUUUCUUCUGAAAUUGCAGCACCGUACAGACAAACACACACAUAUAUAGAGCAUUCGUGCGUGUGUUUGUGUGUAUAGUUACCGUAGCAGUCCCCAUACAGCUAAAUCAUCAUGCCAAAGACUCAACUUCACCCCCCACCCACCGCCCCAACAAAGUGGUUCCCAAACAAUUCACUGAGCUUCCUGAAGCCCGUGUCUGCCUUCGUCGUGGGUUAAAAACCCUAGAAAGUUUUGUGUGCGUGCGUGUGUAUGUGUGUGCACAGCACCCUGAUUGAUGCCGAAUCAAACGGUACACGAGUGAAACUUGGGACGAGUCUGAGGAACCCUGCAGCUCCUGUUUGUGUAAACCACCCAUUUAACAAAGAAGCCACACAAAUACUCCAUCAGACUCUGAAUCUGCCAACUCCCGACGACUGAAUCAAACCGACGGAGCGAGUUUUUUUUUUUUCGAUAUGAGGACUAACACUUGGAAAAAGUCAGUAACGGUAGUCUGGCUUAUUUAGACAAUUAGCUUUACACUCUGCUUUCAGCGACUGGCAAAGAGGACCUGGAUUGUAAGAAAAAAAAUAAAAAUAAAGUGGAUUUGAGACUGAACAAUUCUUUGCCCACCCAUUUGUUUUGGUUCGACAACGACAAAGUUGGUUAUUGAUACGAGCUACGUUGGUUUUCCAUUCUGCUCUGUGCUGUAAAAUACAUAAAAACAGUUUGCUUUCCAAAUUCUGACGCCUUUACAAACAUACAAAACAAUGUCUUUUUUGCAGUUUACAUUUCAAUAGCCAAUAUCACCAGUUAAUAUUAUGUUAUUCAAAGGAAUAUUGAUGUGUUUUAUUGUAUUUUUUUAUCUUAUGGACAGAUAAUACAAACACACCUAUAGGAUUUUAGUUUUUUUUUUUUUUUUUUUUCAGACAUUCAUAAUGGCUUAAUUCUCCUUGAUCCUAUUUUGUAAACUAUGAUAUGUAACUUUAACAUUGAACAAAAAGUUUAUUAUUUAAUAAUAAUAAUAAUGUAUGUAUUAGCAGUAGAAUGUCGUAACCUGUACCUGGGGUCUUUUUUAUAGAUGUAUAUACAAUGACAGGUUUCAACCAUUAAAUGUGACCAUUUCACAAUGAAUGAUGACACCCUG